CUGUUAUGACUUUCAGUUUUGUUUCUUUGUGUGUGUGUGUGUGUGUGUCUCUAGAACCUAAAGCAGAGCUUUCAAUCCACCAACUGCUCCGCCACAGCCCAGAUAAAAGGACUUCUCUACUUAAUUAAUUUACCCUCUAGAUGAAUAUGCUCGGUCUCAGAGGCAGUUACAGGAACACAAAAGUGACAACCAGAUUGACAUGGAUAGAGGAGAAGAUUCUGGAAAAGCUGCUUGGGAACGCUUCUUUGACUCUUCUUUAUCAGUCUAAUGUUCACAAGCGGUGCACUUUGGAGAUGACUAAAAAAUGUUCUCUUCAGGGAUCCACAAUGACAAUAGUUUACCUGGAGCAAGAAGUUGUGGGUGUUUUUAUGCUGGAGGAUUUUCCUGAUAAAGAUUCUAAAAAAACAUCUACUUGUGCUUGGUUUUCCUUUGAAAGGAAUAAAAUCAGCUCUGGAAUAUCAGCUUUGGUUUUGAACACACUAGUUAAAGUUAAUUCCACAAGUUUGCAAAUGUCCUCAAUCAGUGGUUUGACACUCAUUGUAUAUCCAAGCAAAGAAGGACUUUAUCUAAAUGAGGCAGUAAUAAAAAAUCUAGAACUCAAUGUUAAACAAUCUCAGUAUUUGGAAUGUGAAAUUUUUCGAGUUGACGGCAUUAAAAACAAUCCAGGCUUCAUAAAGAAGAUGGUGACUGCCAGACAGCAUCGAGGAAAAUUCCUCUCCACUCUCAGAGCCUACAGGCCUUAUGCAGACUUGGUUUCAGAAGUUCGUAUUCUCUUGGUGGGCCCAGUAGGUUCAGGAAAAUCCAGCUUUGUCAACUCAGUGAAGUCCUCUUUCCAAGGCCGCCUAACUCGCCAGGCCAUCGUGGGGUCUGACAAAAGCAGCAUCACCACGCAGUACAAAGUCUAUUCUAUCAAAGAUGAAAAGAACAAGGAAACACUUCCAUUUAUGCUGUGUGAUUCAAUGGGGCUGGAGGAUGAGAAAGAAGCAGGGCUGUGCACAGAUGACAUUCCUCACAUCUUAAAAGGCUGUGUACCAGACAGGUAUCAGUUCAACCCACGUGAGCCAAUUAAGCUGAAACACUUCACUUACGCUGCCUCUCCACCUCUGAAGGACAGGAUUCACUGUGUGGCUUUUGUCCUAGACAUCAACUCUGUCGAUACACUAUCUGAUAAAAUGGUGGCAAAGCUGAAAAAAAUUCGAAAAGAUGUAGUAGACUGCGGUGUAGGAUGUGUAGCCUUGCUUACAAAUGUGAGUGACUAUGAUGAGGUUCUCGACAACAAUCUUGUAAACAUGACAGAAAAUAUGACUUCUCUAAACCAGGUACAGAAUGUCCGAAACAUGCUAAAUAUUCCUGUGGCUAAUAUCUUGAUGGUCAGCAAUUAUGCUUCAGAGCGAAUGUUGGAGCCUCUGAAGGAUGUUCUGAUCUUUGCUGCACUCCAGCAGAUGUUGAGGGCUGCGGAUGAUGCCUUAGAAGACUUGCCUCUCGAGGACACUGGUACCACUGUUCCUUUCUAAAGCACUGUCAUACGGGAAACCUUCAGCUGUACUUCAGUAGGGUGUUUUCCUAGUCCUGACAUGUAUUGUCAUAUAUGCUAAUUUCUGCUUUGGCUUGUCUCUGUUUGGAGCAAUCUGAGGAUUGACACAUGCUCCUGUGACAGCAUCCCUGAUUUUAGCACAAGUCUAAUCACCCCAAUAGGAGAGGAGAGGCACCCUGCUGAAAGCCUUUGCUAAUAUUUGCUGUUCUGUUUUUGACAGCAUCAGAUGAUGGCUCCUUCAACAAUUCAUCACAUAUCAAAAAUGAAGGCAAACUCGGAGAAGUGAAGAGAAGAGAGAUGUCCUAGGACAAAUAGGCUUCCAUAUGCCCACACAAUCUAUAGUUUUAUAUGCAGAAAACAGAGGUGUCAGGUCCCCCUGGAACUGAAGCAGGGGCUCAUGAGCCAUCUGAUGUGUAUGCACAUUUACAUGUGUCAUUCUCAAGCUUCUUAAGCAAAACAAACUUAGCCUUGCUUUUGCUUCCCCAGCACAUUAUGCUAUGUGUUCUAAUUGGUGGCACAGCAGCAACAAAAUGAUGUAGGUGUCAGCCAUUUCAAAAAGAGAAUGGGUUCUUGAGAAACAGGAUUGGAUUUGCCUUGUAGUCACAGAGCUCAUCACAAUGUCUAGUAAGCAUUAAGAUACUCAUAACUCCUAUUUACCACUUUCUCCAACUUGAUGAUAUUUACUUAGGUAUCUACUCCAUAUGUAUGAGAGGACAUAGAGACUAAGAUGCGGGAAAGAGGACUUUUCACUUGUCUCUGGUUGAAAGGAUGGGUGUCCCUAAAUAAAUUGAAAUGAAUUGAAAAGCGCUGAUAUCUGUUAACAACUUGAUUAAUUAUAUUAAUGUUUUAAUUUCAUGAAAUAAACUUUCUUGCUAAAUGUUUC